CGGUGGGUACGGACACAAAGAUCUUCCUAGAUCAACGUGGGACGGAUGUUGUAAGUUGCCGAUCGGAAAUUCUUACAUGUUGGAAGAGAUUGGAGAGCGGUUUCGAGGAGCUUCGACUGAAACAUUCUCGAAAAUAAGCGUCUUUUCUAUACACACCUAUGAGAACCGGAUUGAAUUGUGGAGAAUGCAUGUUCCGUCCUGCGUAGUCCUACAAUACGAACGGACACAUAAGACAGUCGUUCCUAUCUGCUUUGAGGAGGAGCGAAAAUGCAUCUUUGAUUUUGUUAUUGUCUUGUGGGAUCUCAGGUGUUGGUUGUUGGAAGUUGCCGAAGUCAUUUAUAAACUACAAGAAGAACACAACGAUUCGGAUACGAAUGUGUCCAAGCUUUCUGGUACUCUCCCAUCACAUCCAUUUACUCCGCAAAAAGAAAAACACAAAAAAGGUAUCACAGCUACUUAUGCAGAUAGUGAUCCAGCUAGUGAUCAGCAUAAAUUAUAA